AUGACUAAACUGUUUUCUUUUUACUUUCCCCUGCUAGAUGUGAAAACUCAGUGUGAUGCCCUUCCUUCCUCCAACCUGGAGUCUUACCCUCAGAGCUCCAUUGUUGUUACCCUAGAGGACAUGGACCUCUGGAUGCAGUUUCACCAAAUAGGAACCGAAAUGAUCAUCACUAAGUCUGGCAGACGAAUGUUUCCACAGUGCAAAAUCAAAGUCUCUGGCUUGAUCCCUUAUGCUAAAUACCUCAUGCUGGUGGAUUUCGUGCCAAUGGACAACUUCAGAUACAAGUGGAAUAAAGAUCAGUGGGAAGUCGCUGGAAAAGCAGAGCCACAACUUCCCUGCCGUACAUAUGUCCAUCCAGAUUCUCCAGCUCCUGGCAGCCACUGGAUGAAAGAACCUGUCUCCUUCCAAAAGCUGAAACUCACCAACAACACCCUGGAUCAACAUGGCCACAUCAUCCUUCACUCCAUGCACCGUUACAAGCCUCGCUUCCACAUAGUACAGGCAGAUGACCUGUUCAGUGUCCGCUGGAGCAUCUUCCAGGUGUUCAGCUUCCCUGAGACUGUCUUCACCUCUGUUACUGCCUACCAAAAUGAGAAGAUCACAAAACUCAAGAUUGACAACAACCCAUUUGCUAAAGGUUUCCGGGAACAUGGGAAGAACACUCGAAGGGAAGGGCGAGCAAAAGGCCAGAAACCUAGCCCAGCCAAAGGCCAGAAGAGGAAGCUCCCAGAAGAAACAGAAUCUGGUGCUGAGGAACCGGAUUUUGUGAAGGAUGAGAAUGUGGAGGUGAAAGAGGAGCGGAAUCCCAUCCCGGUUAGUGGUGGAUACCCCUUCUGGGUCUCAGAGCAGAAUGGCAGCCAAGCCAUCCCUGCAGUGUCACCAGCACCAGCAGACCAAAGAGAAGCAACUGCUAGAGAGCAACAAGUGCCAACUCCUUCCACCUACCAGACAUACAGGUUCCAUGACACGGGGGACACGCAGCAGGCUCCCGCGCGCAACGUCGCCACUUUGAAUGAGUUCCGGCCCAGAUCCCACCCUUUGGACAUAGCCACAGUGCCGGACCACGAUUCUAAACAGCUGUCAGAAGGUUUCACCAACCUGCCUACACUACCCCCACCUCUGCCUCCUCCUCAAGACUACACAGGGGUGGUCAACAUGGCUGUAGACUCUGCUGGGAAGCCAGGGGCCCGAGGUCCAGUGUACAAUCCAUAUGGCGCUGAGCAAGGCCUAGGCCAGUGGAUGGUCCCUUCCCACAGCCAGUACAGGGCAAUGAGCUACUCUCCCUUUUCCACAGAUUAUAAUGGUCAAGGGGCUUCAGGGCAUGCUCAUGGGAGCAUGGCAGACUGGAGCCAGUACCCUCUGUUCCCCUAUGCCUGCUGGUGA